AGUGACACAGACCUGUCUGAAUGUUCAGAGUUCGAUGUUAUAUCACAUCAUGUUGUACAAGACAAGGGUUUGAUUGGAUCAGAAUCUCUGUCCACAUGCAACUCUCCUUGCCUCAGUGAGGAUCAUAAGAUUGGCCUUGGAAUCUCUUCAUUGCCUUUAACGAAAACCCUUGAAGAACCCGGUAGGCAGUGGUCAGUGUGUGGCUCUGUAACCGCAGUUAGAAACAUACCUUUAUUGGGAGAUAGUUCCUUGGAUGAACAGUUAUAUGUGAAUGUGAGCACCUCUGAGGGCAGAGAUGCAGAAACUUUAUACCAGGAAGAAGAAGCUGAUGGUGAAGAUGAGAUGUCCUUUUCUGACAUUGAUGCAAUGAUACGCAGAUUGAAUCUGAUCCCUGAUGAUUCAGAUUCAUGCUUAGAUAUGGAAGAACGGAACAUGUCUAAGCUUCCAAGGCAUACAUUACUUGGACUGGAACACUGCUCAGUGACUUCAGUUCCGAGAGGAAUUAUAUCUCAAGGGGCAAUAGCUGUCCUGCAUUGUCGUGAUUCAAAGCAUUUUAUCAGGAAACAAGAGGUAAUUAUUGGGAGGUCAUGUGAAGGCAUGAAUGUUGACAUUGACUUGGGUAAAUACGGUUAUGGGAGCAAGGUAUCUCGGCGUCAGGCACUGGUGAAGCUAGAGAAGAACGGAACAUUCUCCUUAAAGAACCUUGGAAAGCGACAUAUAGGACAGAUCGCAUCCCUCGCAUCAUGUAGCUCAGUCGACAUCAGAGGAGAAGUGUUUGUGUUCAAGAUUAACAAAGAAGCAGUGAGACAGUUCUUAAAGAACAACGCACGGAGAAACAGCAAAGACGACACCAAGUUCAGAUGGUGCGAAUAGAUUAUUGUUAGUACCUUUUGCUCUACUCGCCUCUGCAUAGUCUUAAUCACCCACACCUAACGCCAAUGAGUGAUCCCUUUAAUCAUAUGUGAACAUUUUGGUCUUCUUUGGUAUAUUUUGUAAGUUAUUUAGAGCCAAAUGAU